AUGCUCUCUGCCUUCGGCCGCAGCGGCCUUCGGGCAUACAGUCUCCUGGUAUUACUCGGUUCUCUGAAUUGUCUGCUUGCCUUCAAAAUCACAGGCGCUACAGGAGGAGUGGACUCGACAACUGGGGCGAGGCCCCUCCGCACUGAGAUCGGUCAAUUUUCCACCUCUGGCGUACCGUUCGAUCUAUUCGUUCUGUCCUUGAUCGCUUUUCAGGCUGUCAAUCAGUCGAACCCUCUAUCGUACUUUCAAGUCUCAGGUAUCCAUGGCUUCCCUAGGAUUCCCUGGGACGGCGUGGUAGGUACUGGUAGCUACCCAGGCUUCUGCACCCAUGCGGCAACCCCAUUUCCGACCUGGCAUCGGCCAUACAUGGCAUUGUUUGAGCAAGUACUCUGGAUGCAUGCUCAAGAUAUUGCAGCCACUUUUCCUUCAAGCCAACGUACCGAGUACCAGAAUGCAGCUCUUAGCCUGCGUGUGCCGUAUUGGGAUUGGGCGAUUAACCCAGCCUUGCCUGACGUGGUCACACAGCCACAGAUAUCUAUCAAUACACCCAGCGGUCGCAAGACAGUCAAAAACCCGCUCUACAGCUAUGUGUUUCAGUCAGAUGCUGCUGGAAAUGGGUUCCCCUCUUCGGAUCCUAUGGCCAACUUUGGGGAGACCGUCCGCUGGUGGAAUACAGCCACACAAUCGAGCAACCAGAGUGCGGCGAAUGCUGCCUUGAUGGCCAAUGCCCCGACGAUUUUGUCACUGACGUACCAGCUGUUCACGGCCGUGACGAACUACACGUAUUUCUCGUGUACAUGGCCUGGCGGUCAAGGGGGUGUUGCCAACAACAUCGAGGCAAUCCAUAAUAGCAUUCACAAUAGUGUUGGAGGCUAUGGCCACAUGCAAUUCCCAGAAGUAGCAGGCUUUGAUCCUGUUUUCUGGUUGCAUCACGCUAAUGUGGAUCGCCUUUUUGCCAUGUGGCAGGCAUUAUACCCUGACAGCUUCCUUGUCCCGACCGUGAACGCGUACGGGUCGUACUACGAAGGCGUUGGAUUCGUUGACUCGGGAACAAGCGCAUUGGCCCCGUUCCACUCUGAUGAUGGCAGCACCAUGUUCACCUCAGAUGCAGUGCGAUCUAUCAAGACGUUCGGUUAUAGCUAUCCUGAGCUGCCCGACUGGGAGAUGAGUGCUUCACAACUUGCGGCCAAUGUUCGAACUUCGGUCAACAUUCUCUACAACCCAAUAUCGAACUCGACAACAGCUCGCAAGAAGCGCAGUCAGCAACCCAGGUCAGCAAACCUUGCAGAUUCGUUCGGAAGCGUAACUCUCGAUCUGGCCCGACGCAUGAAUGUCAACAACCUAGGCCGACAAUGGUCAAUUGCAGUGCUAGUCGACCGCUUUGCGUUUGAAACGAGCUUCUUGAUCGACUUUUUCAUGGGUGAAGCCCCAGCUGACGUGCCAGCUCGGGUGACGGCCAAAAACCUCAUCGGGACAUACGCUCAAUUUGGUCCUGCGAAUGCAACCCUCAUUCAUCCAGACGGCUACCCUGGGGGCCAGGUGCAGGGUGAGAUCUCCAUGACUCAUACUCUCGCGGCGGGCGUUCUCCGAGGUGUUCUUCAGGACCUCUCACCACGAUCGGUCGUUCCUUUGUUACGCAUGGGACUGAACUGGAAAGCGCGCACUGCUGCUGGUCAAGACGUACCCCUGAGUGAUCUUUCUGGUCUCGCCAUCUCUGUUUUCAGCAGGUCCCUUGUGCCUACCACUUCGAGAGAUCGAUUCCCCGUGUACGGAGCCGUUCAAUGGCAGGACUCGGUCACCGAGGGCAAACCCCAAGGUGCAGGGCGGACUUCUGCGUAUGCAUGA